AACCCAUUCAAAAGUAUGAUGCAACUCUGAGUUCUACCCAUUGUCUAAUUAAUGGAGAACUUCUGCAUUAAAUUGGACAAUGGGGUUUCUGACAAAGUAGAUUAUGAAGAUGAAGAUGACUUCUCAAAGCUGCAUUACAGAGAACCCUUCACUUUUUUCUCUGAUGACUAUGGUGGCUUCCCAAAUCGGGUGAAAAAGAAGUUUAGACUUCUUGGAAGAUCUCAAUCUUCCAAAGGAGUUGCUUAUCAGAGAAUCGGUGAGGAAGAAAUCAAUGGGGAAGGAAGAAAAAAGUGUUCAAAAUUCAGAUUCUAUCUCAAAAAAAAGAGAUGGGCAUUUCCUUUGCCUAGAGCCAGAUUGGGUCCUCUAAUGGAAAUGCUAGGAAGAGCCAGAGAUUCUUACAAGAAGCUCUGCAGAAAAAUGCAUGAGAAUCCUGCUGUUGUCCUCAACUCACAGUGGGGAAUCCCAAAUUUCUAUCAGCCUUACUACCUGUGAUCAGAUCUGAUGAUCAGGGUGGUGCAUCUUUCUUUGUUUCAGGGAUUAUGAAUGUCUGGAAAUGUUCAAUAAUGUUGAAGAUCUCUAGCAUUGUCUAAUGGAGGAGAUCCUUUUGUUCUUUUC